UAACAGUGAUACUGAUAAAUAAAUAAAAAAUCAUUUCACUGCAUCAAGAUUCAAGAUCAACAAUCAUAAUGCUAACUUAAUAAAACCUCUCUCUCUAUCUCUCUCUCUUCACUAUUUGUUCUUCACUCACUACAAUGGCUUUCUGGAUUAACCACAACCGUUAGAUCUUUGAUCACUGUAAUGUGAGUGAAUGUGUUGUUAGUUGAGUUUUCACUUUUCUCUUUUACACCAUCUUUAGUAGUGUUGCUUUAUAGUUUCAUUUUCUGUUUUUGUUUUUUCUGCUUUCUGAGUGAUAAACACCUUGCCACUUGGAUCCAACCCAGUGGAUGAUAUUGAUCUUGGAAGCUACUGGAUUUGGUAAUCAGUUGCUGAAAAAUGAGAUUUUUGGAGUUUGGGUUUGUGUUGUUGGUUGUUUUAUUAGCUCUUUUGGUUUCUGUGAAAGGUGAGAUUUAUAUAGUUACUGUUGAAGGUGAACCUAUUAUAAGUUAUUCUGGAGGUAUUGAUGAAUUUGAAGCUACUGCUGUGGAAUCUGAUGAAAAAAUUGAUACUACCAGUGAAUUAGUUACUUCAUACGGUCGUCAUCUGGAGAAACGACAUGAUAUGCUUCUUGGAAUGCUGUUUAAGGAAGGGACAUUCAAGAAACUCUAUAGCUAUAAACAUCUUAUAAAUGGGUUUGCUGUUCAUAUUUCGCCGGAACAGGCAGAAACUCUACGACGUGCUCCUGGAGUGAAAUCGGUUGAUAGGGACUGGAAGGUGAAGAGACUUACAACACACACGCCGCAAUUUUUGGGGCUUCCAACUGGGGUAUGGCCGACUGGAGGUGGCUUUGAUAGAGCGGGAGAAGAUAUUGUGAUUGGAUUUGUGGACUCGGGGAUUUUUCCUCAUCACCCGAGUUUUUCAACUCAUAAUACUGAACCGUAUGAGCCAGUUCCAAGCUAUAGAGGAAAAUGUGAAGUUGAUCCAGAUACUAAAAGGAGCUUUUGCAAUGGGAAGAUUGUUGGAGCACAACAUUUUGCACAAGCUGCAAUAGCUUCUGGAUCAUUCAACCCUUCGGUUGAUUUCGCUUCUCCUCUAGAUGGGGAUGGACAUGGCAGUCAUACAGCUUCUAUUGCAGCAGGAAAUAAUGGAAUUCCUGUGAGGAUGCAUGGUCAUGAAUUCGGGAAAGCAAGCGGCAUGGCUCCUCGUGCGAGGAUUGCUGUAUACAAGGCACUCUAUAGACUCUUCGGUGGGUUUGUUGCUGAUGUAGUUGCUGCAAUUGACCAGGCUGUAUAUGAUGGAGUGGAUAUACUCAGUCUUUCAGUUGGACCAAACAGUCCUCCAGCAGCCGCCAAAACUACAUUUUUGAACCCGUUUGAUGCAACACUUCUUGGAGCUGUGAAAGCUGGUGUAUUUGUUGCACAAGCUGCUGGAAAUGGCGGUCCUUUCCCCAAGACAAUGGUUUCAUAUAGUCCAUGGAUAGCAACUGUAGCAGCUGCAAUUGAUGAUCGUAGAUACAAAAACCAUUUAACGCUUGGAAAUGGAAAUAUCUUAGCUGGAGUCGGGUUAUCCCCUUCUACCCAUUUAAACCGAACAUACACAUUGGUUGCUGCAAACGAUGUGCUGCUAGAUUCUUCGGUCAUGAAGUACAGCCCCACCGAUUGCCAGAGACCAGAAGUUUUUAACAAGAAAUUGAUAGAGGGGAACAUUCUUCUCUGUGGAUAUUCUUUCAACUUUGUUGUAGGUACUUCAUCCAUCAAGAAAGUAUCACAAACAGCAAAGUCCCUUGGUGCAGCUGGAUUUGUUCUCUGUGUUGAAAAUGUUUCCCCUGGAGCUAAAUUCGAUCCUGUCCCCGUUGGCCUUCCCGGGAUUCUCAUCUCAGACAUCAGCAAUUCAAAGAAACUUAUAGACUAUUAUAAUAUCUCGACACCAAGAGACUGGACCGGACGAGUAAAGAGCUUCAAAAGUUUAGGUAAAAUCGGUGAUGGUUUGAUGCCUAUUCUACACAAGUCUGCGCCGCAGGUGGCAUUAUUCUCUGCUAGAGGGCCAAAUAUAAAGGACUUCAGCUUCAACGAGGCAGAUCUUCUCAAACCAGAUAUAUUAGCUCCUGGUUCAUUGAUUUGGGCUGCUUGGAGUCCAAAUGGAACCGAUGAGGCAAAUUAUGUUGGCGAGGGAUUUGCUAUGAUAUCUGGAACUAGCAUGUCUGCACCACAUAUAGCUGGAAUUGCUGCUCUUAUAAAGCAGAAGCAUCCACAUUGGAGCCCUGCCGCGAUUAAGUCAGCUUUGAUGACAACAUCAACAACUCUAGACAGAGCAGGGAAUCCUCUUCUAGCACAACAAACUUCUGAAACAGAAGCUAUUAAAUUCGUCAAAGCUACGCCUUUUGAUUACGGGAGUGGACAUGUUGAUCCAACAGCUGCGUUGGAUCCUGGCCUUAUCUUCGAUGCAGGAUAUGCGGAUUAUCUUGGCUUCUUAUGCACAACACCCGGUAUCGACGUCCACGAGAUAAGAAACUACACUCAUGUUCCAUGCAACAGUACUAUGGGCAAACCAUCCAAUUUAAACACUCCAUCCAUCACAAUCUCCCAUCUCGUCGGAACUCAAGAAGUCCACCGCACCGUAACCAACGUCGCCGAGGAAGAAACCUACGUGAUCACAGCUAGAAUGGAACCAGCAGUUGCCAUUGAAGUAAACCCUCCAGCAAUGACUGUCAACGCAGGCGCGUCACGUCAGUUUACAGUGACGCUAACGUCUCGCUCUGUGACAGGAAGUUACAGUUUUGGAGAGGUUAUACUAAAAGGAAGCAGAGGACAUAAAGUGAGGAUCCCUGUUGUGGCUAAAGGAUUCCAACGAUAGAACUUGUUUUGUUUGUUAACAAAAGGCUUGUAAUGUAAAAUUCUUUGUAUGUUAUGGGGAAUAAGUUAAGAUAUGGUGCUAGUUAUUUUCAUCCAAAAAUAUAGUAUAAUAUAUAUGAUAUUGAAUUAUAAAUAUAGGUGUAAGGGGGUGAAGUGAAGGCUAGUUUCUUGAAUUCAAAGUAUAAAGUUUUGGUUGUAUUAUUGUCUAGUGAUUUGUUAAAUGCUUCUUUAUGGGAAGUUUUUACUUGUA